AUGCCACCAAAGUUUGAUCCAAACGACCCCGCUAUCGCAGAGCUACUUCAACUUUUCAAAUCGUUCGGCCUAUCAGAAACAAAAUCGGCGGAGGCCAUUCGAAAUCCAAAGACUGCCGCGACGCUCAAGGAGAUUGUAGUUGCAUGUAACCUCGCUGAGCACCCGCUCGACGAUAAGCAGUCUGGACUGGUCGCUCUUCUUGCAAAUCAAGGUGGAAAGCUUCCAGAGGAAGAGCGAAAUUAUAUAGCGCGAGCUAUAGCAGAUGGAAGACUCAAGACGACUAAUCAACUCUCGGCUGCUAUCAAAUAUGUCGAGAAGAAUCCCCCACCCAUCGACGAUGCGGUAUUUGAUCGCGCCUGUGGCGUUGGCUUCAGUAUAACAUCUGCAGAGUUAUACACGGCCAUCAAGGACUUGGUCGGUCCAAAUCCUUCCUGGGAUAAACUCAACGCGCUUCUCGGUGCAACGAAGCAGGAUGCUACGCUCCAGUGGGCAAACUCGCUCGAUGUCAAGAAUACACUAGAAGCGGUUCUUACCGAACUUGCUGGCCCUAAACCAGCGGCCCCUGCGAAGGGUGCAAAAGCAGCCCCAGUCGCGUCCACUUCGAAAGGCUCGACGUCAACAAGUACCGGUGCCAAUCCUACGCCUGCACAAGUAAACGAUCGAUCUGUGUUUGAAGAAGGAUUCCUCGGAAAACUGCACCGCGUAGGAGAGAACCCUCAGAAACACGAGGAGCGGAGGAAAGAGCAUCUCGAGUGGACCAAAGGGAAAGUAUUCACUCGAUUUCCGCCUGAACCGAAUGGUUUCCUCCAUAUUGGGCACUCCAAGGCCAUCUUUGUCAACUUUGGCUACGCCGCACACAAUGGCGGACACUGCUAUCUUCGAUACGACGAUACCAACCCAGAGGCAGAAGAAGCUCGCUACUUUGAAAGUAUCCUAGAGGUUGUUCGUUGGCUAGGCUACGAACCAUUUAAGAUUACCUACUCGAGCGACCACUUCCAGAAGCUCUAUGAGCUCGCGGUGGAGCUGACAAAGCGUGGGUUGGCAUAUGUGUGCCACUGUACUGGCGAGGAAAUCAAUGCCGCUCGUGGAGGCGCCGAAAGAGGUCCUCGGUAUGCAUGCAAGCACAGAGAUCGCCCGAUCGAAGAGUCACUGGAAGAGUUUGAGAAAAUGAAGCGUGGAGAGUACAAGCCAGGUGAAGCCAUUCUUCGCAUGAAGCAAGAUUUGGAAGACGGAAACCCUCAAAUGUGGGACCUGGUGGCGUAUCGUGUCCUUAAUACACCUCAUCAUCGAACAGGCGACAAAUGGGUCAUCUACCCGACUUAUGACUUUACUCACUGUCUCUGCGACAGUUUCGAGAACAUCACUCACUCCCUAUGCACAACCGAGUUUAUCCAAUCCAGGGUCUCAUACGAAUGGCUCUGCAAUGCGCUCGACAUUUACUGUCCCCGUCAGUCAGAGUACGGUCGACUGAAUAUCCAAGGGACAGUGAUGUCAAAGCGCAAACUCAAGAAGCUGGUCGACCAGAAGCAUGUAAUGGACUGGGACGAUCCUCGGCUCUACACGCUUAUCGCUCUACGCCGACGAGGUGUACCACCUGGUGCAAUCAAAUCGUUUGUCGGUAGUCUCGGUGUAUCGACAUCCGCGUCGAACAUUCAAGUCUCACGCUUCGAACAAGCCGUUCGCGAGCAUCUUGAGCUUAAUGUUCCCCGACUUCUCAUGGUCAUCAAGCCGCUCAAGGUGACCAUAGAAAAUCUUGCCGAAGAUUUUGUCAAGAUGAUCGAAAAGCCACUCCACCCUAAAGUACCAGAGCUAGGAACGAGCACCAUUCCGUAUACGAGGACAAUCUAUAUCGACGAGGACGACUUCCGAUUGGAAGACUCGAAAGACUAUUUCCGACUCGCACCCGGCAAGUCUGUCGGUCUCUUCCAGGCACCAUACCCUAUUACCUAUGUCUCACACAAGACGGACGAGAGUGGCAAGGUUGUCGAGGUGAUCUGCCGUGAAGAAAACACUGGGCCUCCGAAGAAGCCAAAGGCGUUCAUUCAAUGGGUGGCAGAACAUCCAGCAUCAGGCAGUCCCAUUCGCAUCGACGAACUCAGGGUCUUCCAUCGGCUAUUCAAGAGUGACGACCCAGCAGCAGAGCCAGACUUCCUCAAGGAUGUUGCGCCAGACACACUCGAGGUCGUCAAAGGGGCGAUUGUCGAGAUAGGUUUCCUACCUCUGGCCAAGAAGGCAUUCUCUCAGGCGCUGAAAGAGGGACGAGAGAGGACGAACAAGGCGAACGCCCAAACCUCGAAAGAGCUCACUGUGCCCGAGGAAAUAUCGCAUGAUGAUACUCCAAAGGCGACGGCGGAGCAGCUCGUUGGAAACGAAGUGGUUAGGUUCCAAGGUCUACGAGUCGCCUAUUUCGCAUUGGACAAGGACGCAAAGCUGUCGUGCUUUGAGGAGUCGGAAACGCAGACUCCAGGUUUGCAUCCUGGGGACAAGCUCAUUUUGAACCGCAUCGUCAGCUUGAAAGAGGACUCUGGAAAGUCUGCGUAA